GGCAACUGAAAAGCGCGGGAAACAAAAGGGGCUUAAAUUAGGGUUUUUUUAACGAAAGGUUGGAGAUUUUGCUGUCGAUCCUUGUUCACUGCUCUUCGAUGGACGGAAAAGACGAAGGACCAUCGGAUUCGGAAGCUCCGGUGGCCGUCUACCUGAGCAGAAGUGGCGCAGCGGCGGACCUGACGGGGAAAGUGCAUCAGCUUCCGUGCUGCAUCAAGCACGAUGGACCCACCCCUGUUUCUCACUACUUCAAGCCCAAACCCACUGAAAUGGAGGUGGAUGGGCUAAAAGUGGAGGAAGCUCACUUCAGAGGGAGGAAAUUGAACGGAACCACUGUUGCUCUUCCGCGUGGCUAUUCUGGUUUCAUUAUAGGAAAGAAAGGUCAUGAUCAAGGGAAUAAUGAUGCGAACUCGCACUGCUGGGAGACAGCUGCGACUUUUGAUGACAUCACGGCCUGGAAUCACGAAGCAAUCCCUUCAAAAGAUGAUGCAUUUUUGCGCGCUUUUCAUUGGUUUGCCGCUGCCAAUGCUCUGCAUCAAACUGUAACUGCUGAAGAUCUGGAAUCUGCGUGCAUUGAUUAGGAGCCGGUUUGAUUUUACAAUGACCAUUUCUCAGCUAAAUAUGACACAACUUGACUAGGCAGGAAUGUGCUUUGAACUUGUCUAUGCCUUCCAAUAUGCAAAAUAUGAUUCUCCAUCGAUCAUUUCUUGCUGUUAAAUAUGGCUAGGAAUAUUAUUCUUCAUUCAUUGAUUCUCUUUUUCUUUUC